AUGCAUUCUUAUAUUCGGCCGAACCAGCAUGCCAUUGUGCAGCUGCCUUCGGAUCAGGUCCGCAUCAUUAAGCCGGUACCAAACAGCAUAGUUUCCUUGGGCAAGUAUGGCAACUUUGCCGCAAACCAGAUUAUUGGCCGCCCCUUCUACUUGACCUUCGAGAUCCAAGACACCCCCGAACCUGAUGGGUACCAAUUGCGCGUUGUCUCAGCCACCGAAUUGCAUGCCGAAACCCUCAUCGAAGAGGCCGAGGCCGAAGGCGAGGGCGAGGAAGGAGAAGCAGGCGCAGGAACCCCGAUGCGCACAAACCAGAAGAUUGUCGACGAUGCUUCCACACAGCGAUUGACUCUGGAGGAGAUCGAAGAGCUGAAGAAGGAGGCCGGUGGGGCUGGUAAAGAGAUUGUCGCAAAGCUUCUCGAGUCGCAUUCGGCUAUCGACCAGAAGACAGCGUUCUCUUUGGCAAAAUACACAUUGCGCAAGCGCAAGAAGUACAUCAAAAGAUUCACAGUGCUCCCGCUAGACGUCAGCGGCCUCGCAAAUUAUUUGCUGUCCGAGAAGGAUACCGGGAAGGGCAUGGAGUUGCGCGACGAGCACAUCGGGUUACUCGGGUGCUUGGGCAAUGUGCACCACGGUGGACAGUCCAAAACGGAAAUAAUUCCCGAUGUGAAGCCAAAUGGACGGUACUUCGUGGUGGACGAGACAGGCGGUUUGAUUGUGGCCGCCAUGGCUGAGCGAAUGGGCAUUCUAUACCCUCAUGAUAAUGAAGAGGAUGAGGACGAGGCUACCGAUGAGCCGUCAGCUACAGGCAACCCAGAGCCCCGGGGCUUCACACCAAUCCGUCGUCGUCGCACUCGACCAAUGUCUGCAUCAGGGAAUACUCUGACCGUCAUCCACGCCCAGGCGCAACCCAAUUUGUCACUCUUAAAAUACUUUGGCUACGAUAUCAACCUUCCCGAUGAAUCCCACCCCCUUCACACCCACCUCAAGUCCGUUUCAUGGCUCCAGCUGAAGAACCCCUCUCACGACCCUAUUCUUUCCAACGAACCGACCGCUCUUCCCGCUGCAGAGCUGGCCGAGAUGAAACCCAGCAAGCGCACAGGAUAUUACUUUAAACGAAACCGCUGGGAGAAAGUCAAGGGUGUGACGGAUGAGGCUCGUGCGGGCGGCUUUGACGGCCUUAUCGUUGGAACUCUGCUUCAACCUGAGAGUGUCUUGCAACAUGCCAUCCCUCUCCUGUCCGGCUCAGCCUCUAUCUCCAUAUACUCGCCCUAUGUCGAGCCCCUUGUCAAGUUGAUGGACUUCUACUCUACUGCGCGGAGAACGGCAUUCAUCACCCGGAAGCGCGAGCUGGAAUCACAGAAAAACGCUGAUGGAGAGGCUGACCUGUCUCCGCUGAAGGAGGAAUUCGAAGUUGACCCGACACAGCUUCUACCACCGACACUACACCGCUCCCGCGUGCGAGCCUGGCAAGUUCUACCGGGUCGGACCCAUCCUCUGAUGACCAGUCGCGGCGGAGCAGAGGGAUACCUCUUCCACGCUGUGCGUGUCAUUCCCACUGCGGAGCAUAUCCAGGCUGCUGGCACAUUCCGAAAGAAGCGCAAGUUGGAAACAACAGCAACGUCCACCCCGACUAGCGACAAAGAUGCUGACAAGGAUGUGGUGAUGUUAUCAUAA